AUGGCCAAGCCAGGCGAAGACGAGACCAGCAGCGCGAAGCGAAAGAAAGCGCAGCAGGAGCCGGAAGAGUCGGAAUCCUCUUCCGAGGACGAAGCCGGACCUCAGCCUGCGGCGCCUGGGCAGCUAGGGGAGGACUCGGACACGGACGGGGAGGCAGGGCCGCCGGCACCGGCCCCCGUGAAGCAGAAGAAGAAGCGGAAGCUGGCCCACGAAAAGGUGGACGAGGGGGGGGGGGUGAAAAAAUCCCGGGCUGCUGAGAAGGCAUUUCUAAAGGUGUACCUCGAAGCCCUGCCAGCGGCGCCGAUGUACGAACGUAGCUACAUGCACCGGGACGUGGUAAGCCACGUCCUCAUGACCCCCUGCGGCACCGACUUUCUGGUCACGGCUAGCCUGGACGGGCACAUCAAGUUCUGGAAGAAGAUGCCGGAAGGGGUGGAGUUCGUCAAGCACUACCACUCGCACCUCGAGCCAAUCCACGACCUAGCGGUAUCGAGGGACGGUCAGCGGCUGUGCACCACUUCGGCGGACAAGAGCAUAAAGUUCUACGACGUUGUUUCGUUCGACAUGAGCCACAUGAUCGCCCUCGGCUACACGCCC